UCUUUCUCUUUCUCUCUCUCUCUCUAUCUGUUUCACGCAGUAGCCUCUGCUUAACAGCAAAGCGUCUGUGCUUGCAGAGUAAUUUUUUUUUAAUUAAAAUCCGCUUUCUUCACAUUCAAUCUCUGAGCAUUUCUUAGAGAUAGAGAGAAUUUUUUUUUAGAAAGAGAGAGAAACAGUAAGUACAGAGAAGAAGCCGAUUUAAAGGAGAAACAGUGGAGAGAGGAACAAAAGCAUUUUCCCUUCUCUCUCUAGACUUGAGAAAAUCUGUCUCAGAAGUAUCUUAUAUUCCGUGGUAGAAGAAGAGAGAGAAACAACGAACUACUCAACGGCUUUUUCCACCUUUUCCUUUUCUUUUUUUUUCUCUCUCUUGCUGUUGUAGUUUCUCUCUCUAAAUCUAGAUAUCGAAAGGAACAAGCUGAACAGUGGAAAUACGAGUUUGUGUAGGGAAAGGGAAACCCUAAUCUUUGAAUCGGAGUGGCUGAAGAUUUGGGGAUUUUGUUGCAUUCGGAUGUGAGUGUCAGAUCCGUCAUGGCCGAUUUUUACGGCGAUAGUUUUAGUCCGGCAACCCCAGAGUUGAGUUGCAGCGGUGGCUUUGGCAAUGGUCGUUCGUCGGCGAAUGAUGGUGCUGUUCCGGUGUCGAUGCCGAUGGCUCCAUUGACAAUUUCGGGAUCGUUUAAGGAAGGGAAGAUGUCGAGGAGGAGGACGCCGGUGAGGCCGAGCUUGGACGCGGAUGAUUUUAUAAAUCUGUUGCACGGUUCGGAUCCGGUGAAAGUUGAGUUAAAUCGGUUGGAGAAUGAAGCUAGAGACAAGGAUCGAGAAUUAGGGGAAGCUCAGGCGGAGAUCAAGGCAUUGAAAUUGUCGGAACGCCUGAGAGAAAAGGCUGUUGAAGAUCUUACUGAAGAAUUGUCGAAGGUGGAGGAGAAACUCAAAUUAACAGAAUCCCUUCUAGAAACCAGAAAUCUUGAAAUUAAAAAAAUCAAUGAUGAGAAGAAGGCCUCCAUGGCUGCUCAGUUUGCAGCAGAAGCCACCCUUCGAAGGGUUCAUGCUGCUCAAAAGGAUGAUGACAUGCCACCCAUUGAAGCUAUUCUUGCACCACUAGAGGCAGAGCUCAAGAUUGCUCGGCAAGAGAUUGCGAAGCUGCAGGAUGAUAACAAGGCAUUAGAUCGCCUUACCAAAUCAAAGGAAGCUGCUUUAAUUGAUGCAGAGAGGACUGUUCAAUUUGCCUUGGCCAAGGCUUCAAUGGUGGAUGAUCUUCAGAAUAAGAAUCAAGAGUUAAUGAAGCAGAUUGAAAUUUGUCAGGAAGAAAAUAAAAUUUUGGACAAAAUGCACCGCCAAAAGGUUGCAGAGGUUGAAAAGCUUAGCCAAACAGUAAGGGAGCUUGAGGAGGCUGUUCUUGCUGGGGGUGCUGCUGCAAAUGCUGUGAGGGAUUACCAGCGGAAAGUUCAGGAGAUGAAUGAGGAGAGGAAAACACUGGACAGGGAACUAGCCCGUGCUAAGGUGACAGCAAACAGGGUGGCAGUAGUGGUAGCAAAUGAAUGGAAAGAUGCUAAUGACAAAGUGAUGCCUGUCAAACAGUGGCUUGAAGAUCGAAGAUUCUUGCAGGGAGAAAUGCAGCAACUGCGAGAAAAGCUUGCAAUAGCUGAGCGAGCUGCAAAAUCUGAAGCACAAUUGAAAGAAAAAUAUCACCUAAGGCUCAAAGUCCUUGAAGAGGGGUUGAGAACAUCCCCCAAUGGAAGCAAUCGAUCUACUCCAGAGGGGAGAAGUGUGAGCAAUGGCCCAUCACGUCGUCAGUCCCUAGGUGGGGCUGAAAAUGUCUUGAAAUUGGAAUGUAUCACGAACUGGGAUGAUGCGCAACGUUCAAUAACAUGAAGCCCUGAAUCCAAUCCAAAAGCAGCGAGAAUUAAUCCGCUAGGCAUUGUUCCCUGUUGCUUUUUUUUUUUUUUCCGCUGUCUUAUAUCCUCCAUGAUUGAUCUUAAGAUUAUAAUCAGCAUGCCGACGGCCCUGCGAUUGUUUGAUUUUUAAGUUGGAGGAAGUUAAAGAGGAUUGGAGGAAGAAUAAGUCGGUUUGCUUCUGACUUGACUACCGUCCCUAUAAGUGGAUGGCUAACCUUUUGGCUGGUUCUCAUCGAGAAACAGUUUCUUGCGUGGUGGUUGUAUAGGCUACUGGGUAUUUUUCUUUUCUUUCUAUAUUUGUAAGUUGCAGUUAGUGUGAUUGGUGUUGUUUCAGGGUUUGUGAAUAUUUUUGUAAUCAGAUCAAGAUCAAAGUUUCCAUGGUUGUGUUAUUCUUCUCAAA